AUGCGACUAGGGGUUUCUUCUGGCCUUACUACUAGCAACAAGGACGCUACUAGUAACACGAUGUCUUUCAAUAAUUCGCGCACAGGGCCACUGUCGCAGCGAGGCCGAACCCCGCUGCUGCUAGCAGCUGAUUGCGGGCAGUUGAAUGUCCUGGAAGUCUUGUUGAAGAAUGGUGCUAACCAGGCGGCAACCACAUCUGAAGAGGAUUUUCGUUGGACAGCUUUGCAUCUAGCAGCUCUCAAGGGUCGUGAGAAGAUUGUGGUUGCCUUGCUUGAAGCUGGUGCUGAGAAGGAUUGCCAAGACAGAGGUGGUCAGACAGCUUUAAUGUGGGCAGCUGUGAAUGGCCACGUGGAAGUGGUUCGGCUCUUGUUGGAUGCAGGCGCCGAGAAGGAUUGCCAAGACAGAGAUGGUUUCACGGCUUUAUCAUAUGCAGCUGAAAUUCGCCACGUGGCAAUGGUGCAGCUCUUGUUGAACGCCGGCGCUGACAAGGACUUACAAAGCCAAAGCGGUUGGACCGCUUUAAUGCGGGCAGCUGGCGAAGGCCGCGUGGAAAUGGUGCAGCUCUUGUUGGAUGCCGGCGCCAACAAGGACUUACAAAGCCAAAGCGGUUAUACCGCUUUGCUGUGGGCAGCUGGCAAUGGCCACGUGGAAAUAGUGCAGCUCUUGUUGGAUGCCGGCGCCGACAAGGACUUACAAACCAAGUUUGGUUGGACCCCUUUGCUGCGGGCAGCUGGGAACGGCGACGUGGAAGUGGCACGUCUCUUGUUGGACGCCGGCGCCAACAAGGAAUUGCAAGAAGAAACUGGUUAUACCGCUUUGAUGGGGGCAGCUGACAAUGGCCACGUGGAAAUGGUGCAGCUCUUGUUGGACGCCGGCGCCAACAAGGAAAUGAAAGACACAAUUGGUCUCACCGCUUUGCUGUGUGCAGCCGGCAAUGGCCACGUGGCAGUGGCGCAGCUCUUGUUGGAUGCCGGCGCCGACAAGGCGCAGGGAUGGAUGGUGUGA